AAAGAGUCACCCUGUCAGUCAGUCAGUCAGACAGACAGUCUCUGCAUCUUGGGCAGAGUCUGCGGUAGCCUGCCUGCAAGGCAGCUUGCAGGAUGACAGCCCACUGGUGGAGCUGUUUGUUGGGACUACUCUGCAUGCCUGCUGAGGUCAUACUCAGCACCUGGACAGGUGAGUGUGUGUUUGUGUGAGUGAGAAUAUAAAAUAAGAAAUAUAAAAUUAAAUUAUGGAUGAGUAUUGGGCUUCGGAUCCAAAAAAAGACGUCUUCAAUGUUUCCCAAGAGCCCGUGUCCAUCACUCAAAUGAGAGUCAACUCAUCUAUGAAGAUCACAUGCUCCACCUCAAUGUAUGAAACCAUGGGGGUCUACCUGCGCAGGAGUUUCCAUGGCAAAAACGACGUUGUGUUCCUUGCCCUGGAAAAUGGACAGGUCACCCAGGACACCAUAGCUGAAAACUUUGCAGGCCGAAUUCACAUAGCUAAAAAGCAACAGAUCACUGAGGGCUGCGGAUUCACCUGGGAGCUGUCUCUGCUGGGGUUGGACGACACAGACCACUACUACUGCAGCUGGAUUUACUUCAACUCAGAGAAAGGGAACCAAGAGACCCGAUCCAGCGAUGGCACCAUCGUCCUCGUCGGAGAGAGAGACCCCCAGGAACAAUGCAGCCACAACAUUGACAGUCUCAUCUUUAUUGCCCUGAGUGUGACAGCGUUCACCGCCAUACUGUCCCUCAUCAUCGGAGCACUGGUUGUGAGAAUCAAACGGUUUAAAAAGAAAUUCCGCCCUGCCAGAGAUGUGAGACCAUCCAGACCUAACAGGCCUCAACAUGUAUGUCACCAUCAGACAGUUCAACAUUGUCCGUACUUAAUCACCUCUGCAAAUCCCUUGGACUUCAGGGGCAUUCUGUAAUGCUGAGAAUCCAUGUAAUGAUGAUGAUGAUGCUGAUGUCGCAUUAGCGUUGGCGAAGUCAAAGACUCAAUGUGCACAAUGUGUGUUUGUAACUGACUGAGUCAGCGGCUCCAACGAAGGAGAAAGCGUCUCACUUCUUGCUCUUCUGUUCAUUUCCUUUGAUGUUCAAAUAUGUGUUUUGGGUGCAGAAAUGUGUCUGAGCUACCACAUCCUGGCCAAUGUAGAUUGUAAAUGCAUGUCGACAGUGUUAGUGAGGGAAAACUGCAGAGCAUACAUUUUUGUCACACGUGUUUCACAGCAUUCUACCUACAUUUCCUCUGUGUGUCAUUGGUAGACUUUGAACUUUCAAAGAAAUGCGCACCAUUGUUUUCUGCCUUAUUUGAUCUGUGCAUUAAAUCUAAGCUUCUUCCA